GCUCCUGAAAUACAUUUCCAGGGAAUCUUACUGCAUGUAAUGGUGCUGGACUCAGCACUGCUGGCUUCUCCUUGCCCUGCUGCUCCGGGCAAGUAAUAGGUGCUGCAAACUCUAUGGAUGCUUAAAACUCCUCCAAGGCAUUGUGUUGAUCAUUUUUCUCCCCAAAGAUGAUUUUUAAUCUCUAUUGGUGUCGCAGUCCACCUCAAAGUGCAUCCCUGAAGUGAAAAUGAGGAGGCAGAAAGGAUUACUGGCUGCAGGAAGAGGUGGCAGAGGCAGCCAUGGGCACAGAGUAAUGCCUCCAGUGAUGACUCAGUGGGAGGUAUGAGGACUUUGGUCUGUGCCGUUUGAUGCAGGGACACAUUCACAGGGCAUAACCUGGAGUGCAGAGCUGGGGAUUGGGACAGGGUUACAGCAUUUCAGUAGCUCCUGCUCAACAAAUCCAUCCUGAGGUGCACCUAGGACUGCAGGAUUUGUCUUUGCCUAGAAGGGAACUGGUCCGUGUCAGCCUCGGAGGUUAGAACAAACCUAGGCUGCCAGCUACCAUUGCCAACUGCCACAUCAGGAAGGACUGAACCUGGCCAGAGGAACUUCUGAUCAAGAAAUAAGAUUUUCUAGGGUCUGGAGAAGUCAGUAUGUUGGAUCAGAUUCAUUGGCUGGCCGCUGUGACAGUCCUGGGAGUCCUGGAGCAAGCUUACUUCUUCCUCCAGGUGAUCUAUUCUAGGAGGCUGUUUGGCAUUUCACCUCCAAAGAUUUCAGGCCCUCCUGAAUUUGAAAGGAUCUUUCGAGCACAGGUGAACUCCUCUGAGUAUUUUCCUAUCUUCCUGGCACUUCUGUGGCAGGCUGGACUCUUCUUCCAUCAAGGUCUGGCUGCAGCCUUGGGUCUGCUCUAUCUCUGUGCCCGCUACUGCUACUUUAUGGGAUACAAGACAUCAUCCUCAGAAAGGCUCGCCCCGAUGUACUUCAGCGCUGGAGUUCUCUGGAUUCUCAUUGCAAUGUCAGCCCUGGGCAUCCUGCAUUUCUUCCUCUCUCACUAUGUAGGGCUGAACAUCCUCCAGCUUCUCACAGCAUGACCCACUCCUCUGUCCCUCAUCACUGUCCUCAUCUUCAAGUGCUGCUCCCUCCUGCCUGCCUUAACAGACCACCUGCAAAUCGACAGCCCCCUGUGAGAAAUCCACCCUCACCUGAGCUUUUAACACCUCCUUGCUCACUGCCCAGCACUGGCAGGAACUGCUGAGCUCUUCGGGGGAUAUUUUUCCCCCAUGGCACUUUGUGUGCCAAGUGCUCCACAUGUGGUGGCUCCAUUGUGUCUGAUGCAGAAACAACAAUCCAAAACAAGGACAGUUUUAGAAAAACUGGACAUAUAAAAGCAAUUUCUUCUCA